AUGCCGGACUUAAAGCACAUUUAUGCAAAGGAAAUCCUACCAAAUGAGAAACUCAAAAGAUAUUUCUUAAAAUGUAGAUCGAAGGAAAAAGUUUUAUACUCCUUUACCUCUGACAAUGAAAUCACAAAUGGGGAGAGAAAAUACGAUGACGAAGUGGAAAUUUCGAAAUAUGAGGGGCUGCACUCCAAUGCGCGGACGAGGCUGGCCAACCUGCUGUACCUUCUGUACCUCUUCUUCGUGAUUUUUAGCAAAGACGUUUUUUACUUCCUCCUAGAAAAGAAGCAUGACACGCUUUCGGACUACCUGAUCAUCCUCCUCAUCCUCACAUGCUGCGUCGAAGUGAUGAUAAACUUUCUGACGAGGAAAACCUACACCUGCUAUUUUAUGUUCUUCGAAAUUGUCUCUUUGGUAUCCCUAUGCUUUGAUUUGUACUUUUGUGAGUGUUACCUCUUCGAUUGGUUCGACUCCUAUGUGAAGAGGAUAAACCGAAUAAGUGAUGUUGGCAGCGAAGACGUUUUUUAUUUAAUAAACCUGGUGAAGGCUCUGAGGGUUACAAAGAUAUACCGGCUGAUCAUUUGCUUCGUCGGGAGACACACCAAGGAGAAGUACAAGCACAGGAAUGAGUGGAACUUCGAAAAAAUGGAGAGCAUGCAGAAUAGAACCAAUUUGAAGGAGAGCCUAAAAUUUACGAACAAAAUGCACCUGGCGCUGAUAAAAAGAUACUUCAUGUCCCUGUUCUUCGUGAUGCUGUCCUGUAUACUUAUCGAGACGGUAAGGGUGUCCGUGCCCAAAGUGCAGAAUAACUCCAUGGAGUACUUCAUCUACAACCUCGACCUGUUCGUAAAAAGGAAAAGCGGAAUUGAUCCAAUUUCCUUAGAGGAUUACUACGAAUCUGAAUUGUUGAAGGCCCUUUAUUUUUACACCAAAAUUCAAAAGGAAAAGGGAGCCGAAGAAUACCUAGUCAGCUUUAAAUCCAAGAGAAAACUGCAAAACUUCGUCAACAAAAAGGAGUUAACUAAGGAGCUCCUGAAAUUUAUAAGCAUGAGCCCCCCGAGCGGGGGGGACGACGAAGAGGAAGUAAUUCUCAGUGGCACAAUUAAGGACCUCAACUCCCUAAGGAGGUACGAAACGAAAGUGUACCAGUCGGCAGAAUUUACCUUCUACAUAAAUGUUCAGAAGAAUGUGAAGAAGCGAAUAAAGAACGUUGUCUUGUUGAAGAUUCUCGUCAUCGUGUUCUCCUUCAUUAUACUGUUUUACUUUACCUCCGAACUGAACGUUUUGCUAUUCCCAAUAGAGAGCAUAUUGAAGAAGUUGAAGCUGAUGAAAUCGAACCCCACGCUGGCACUGGAAAUGCAGGAGGAGCUGCUGAACCAUGAGCUGGACAACAUCCUCAGGAACACAAAGAUGAAGCGAAAGGGCAUAAAGCAGAAUUACGAAAUUUUGAAGAUGGAGGAAAAUUUGAUGAAGCUGGGAACCCUGAUGUUGUUAGGCUUCGGCGAGGCGGGCGCGAAAAUCAUUUCUAAAAAUAUCAACGCGCAGGAGAGAGUGAACUUGCUGGUGAAUGGGGAAGUGGUUUACUCCGUCUUUUCAUUUUGCGACAUACGGAACUUCACCGAAAUAACGGAGGUGCUGAAGGAGAAGAUAAUGAUAUUCAUAAACCUGGUGGCGGAGAUCAUCCACGACUGCUGCGACUUCUACGGGGGGUCGAUAAAUAAGAACAUCGGCGAUGCAUUCCUGCUUGUCUGGAAAUGCAAAAAAAGAGACUUUCACAAUGAGAGGAUAAGUCUGUUGACGUCCAAGUACCACGUGCCAGGUGGAGGGAAUAGGGGGGAGAUUUCGGAGGGGGCAUGCAUAAAUAGGGUUUGCGAUUUGGCCUUUCUGGCCACGGUGAAGACGUUGAUCAGGCUGCACGAGUCGGAGAAGAUACGCUCCUUCCUCAAAAGCGAGAAGAUCCACGAGCUCGUCGGGAGCAACGUCAUCGAGUUAAGUUUCGGGCUGCACUUUGGCUGGGCCAUCGAGGGGGCCAUUGGCAGCAGCUACAAAAUUGACCUCUCUUACCUGUCCGAGAAUGUGAAUAUAGCGAGCAGACUGCAGGACAUUUCGAAGACCUACAAGAGGAACGUCGUCAUCUCGGGCGAGUUCUACGACAACAUGUCUGAGGGGUUCAAGAAGUCCCUGCGCAGAAUAGAUAGAGUUACCCUGAAGGGAUGCGGGAACCCACUGGAUUUGUACACCUUUGACAUACGUCUAGAUAAGAUUCCGAAGAAAAAAAAUGUAGAAGCGUUUGAUGUGGCCAGAAAUGUUGACAUAAAAAUGAUUUUGAAUGACAUAAAGCAAAAGACAGAGAGACGCCGUCGGAAGAAGGAAGUGUUGAAUCUGGCUUACGACCUGUACGAGGAAUAUUCAAAGAGCGAAGACAUAAAGUCAAUUCAGAUGAAUUUCCCUGAGGAGUAUUUGAGGCUGUUUGGAAAUGCGCUGGAGUUGUAUUUGGGUGGAGACUGGCGGGAGUCGCACAGACUGCUGGAGCAUUUGCGGGGGAACUUCUCCUGCGAGGAUGACAUCGUGUGUCAGUUGGGGGACUUCUUGCGUGCGUCAAAUUUGACUGCGCCGAGUGAUUGGGGUGGUUUCCGGCGGUUUUUGCAGAAGUCGUAG